AUCAGAUCUACGCAAAACUUUGAAAGACGACAGCGUUUAAUAAUCUCCUUCUCUUGUCUUGCUUCCUUGUGAAUCAAAAACCAGCGAUCAAAAGUCUUCUUCUUGUGAAUCUGUGAUCUCAAAAGCUCCUUUAACCAUGGCGACUUUUGAUGAUGGAGAUUUCCCAGCUCAAACCCAUUCUCCGUCUGAACACGAAGACUUUGGUGGCUACGAUAAUUUCUCCGAAGCACAGCAACCUCCGACUCAACAUCAAUCCGGUGGAUUCUCUUCUUUCAAUGGAGAUCCUGCUUCCCCAAAUGGAUAUGGAUUUGGUGCUUCUUCACCUAACCAUGACUUUUCCUCGCCUUUUGAAUCUUCCGUUAACGAUGCUAACGGAAACGGCGGCGGCAGCGGUGGUGAUGCGAUCUUCGCUUCCGAUGGUCCGAUUCUUCCAGAUCCAAAUGAGAUGAGAGAGGAGGGUUUCCAACGCCGUGAGUGGCGCCGUUUGAACACCAUUCACCUUGAGGAGAAGGAAAAGAAAGAGAAGGAGAUGCGGAAUCAGAUCAUAACUGAAGCAGAAGAUUUCAAGAAAGCCUUCUAUGAGAAAAGAGACAAGACCAUUGAGACCAACAAGACUGAUAACCGUGAAAAGGAGAAGCUAUACUGGGCUAACCAAGAGAAGUUCCACAAAGAAGUUGACAAGCAUUACUGGAAAGCAAUUGCAGAGCUAAUCCCUCGUGAGGUUCCCAACAUUGAGAAAAAGAGAGGGAAAAAGGAUCCGGACAAGAAACCAUCAGUGAAUGUUAUUCAGGGUCCUAAACCUGGGAAGCCAACUGAUCUAGGGAGAAUGAGGCAGAUAUUCUUGAAGCUCAAGACAAAUCCCCCACCUCACAUGAUGCCGCCUCCUCCUCCAGCCAAAGAUGCCAAAGAUGGGAAGGAUGCGAAAGAUGGCAAAGAUGCAAAAACUGGGAAAGAUGGGAAGGAUGCAAAAGGAGGGAAAGACGCUAAGGACUUAAAAGAUGGGAAACCUGCAGAUCCAAAGGUGACAGAGGAAAAACGUCCUUCACCUGCCAAAGACGCAAGUGUUGAAACAGCGAAACCUGAUGCUGCUGCCUCGGGAGAGGGAGAGAAACCUGUAGCUGUGACUGAGGCCGAGGGAACCAAGGCGGAGUGAAGGGUCUUUAGUAUUACUGUUGGGGGAUUAUUUGAUAUUGAUGAAGUCACAAUAGCUGCGGGCGAAAAUAAGAAGAGGUAAGUUAUGUGCACAUAGAAGCUCUUAUGGGCGCUGUCUGUGAGCACAACAUUUCCUCUUCUGGGGAGAGAAUUUUAGUCCUUUUGUUUUUGGUUAUUAUUUUUUAUUACCAUUAUAUUUGUUCUGCAAAAUUUGGUUAUUGUCUUGGAUGAUGUUCACCUUAAAUCAUUUUGGUUCCACGUAUUUUACAUUUAUAAGACUUGAGAGAAGUAAAGGUUUGUUGGAUGAAUCAUUUGAUUGUAUUGUGUGAUGUGGGCAUGAGGUAGUUGAGGAGUGUCAUGGCAUGUGAACUAUCUUUCUUUACAUUAUUUUCGUAGUGACUUGAUAAUGGGGCACGUGGUGGUCAGGUCCAGUUGUUUCGUCUCUUUCCAGGCAAGCAAUGUAUGUAUAAUGUAUGUAGGAACAUGUAAGAAAGUGAAUGAUAAACACAUUAAUUUUAAGGUAUAUUAUU